CUCCCACACCUCACACACACACACACCAUGUUCGGCGUCUUCAUCCCAUCACGUCCGGUGAUCCCGGAAAUGAGCACAAUAUCUCCGACGCAAUUUGCGAUAUCAUUCCCUGCGUCUCCCCAGUUCCACAACGUGGGCGUUUUCAUGCACCCGAACCAAGAGCUACCACCGGGCACGGCUGCCGGAGUCUACAUGCAACUGCCAGGCGAGCAAGGCUUCAAGUUUUUCGGCGCCAUCGGCAAUGAAAAGCCCUCGGCCUUGUUCCGGGUCAAUAUUCCGGAGGCGAUGUUGGCACCCGGACAGCAGGUCAACUUGGGCCUUUCCGUCGAGCCUGUGCAGAACAUUCAAGCACAGAUGGCUCAGCUGCAACAAGACUCUUCGUCAUCUUCCUCCUCCGGUGCUAUGGUCGUUGCUAAACGACCUCCGGACACUCGGGUCCUUGCGCAACGGAUCAUCAAGAACGCCUUCAACUUCCUAGCCAGCUUUGCCGGCAAUACUGCCAAUGGCAUCGAGGUCGUGCCACUGAAAAGUUUUCAAGACUGGUGGUCAAAGUUCGAAAGGAAAGUCCAGAACGACCCGGGCUUUUUGGAAAGGGACGAAGUAUGAAGUCCAGCGCACGCAUAUUUCUGGCGGCCCUUCGAGGCUGAACAUGGGUCUUGUUGCAAGCGGAUUACUAUGAUGAAGCUGGGUUGCGGCCAGCUCUCGUCUGGGCCGACUAGCCGAGCCAAAGUGUAUCAUUCUUAAGAUCUAAAACAUAUCUACCAAACGCCUUGACAA